GGGGGUGCGAGGGUGGGUGUCUCUUUGGCACCACGUUUUCCAUUCUUAGCACUCGGCCAGCACCUGGGCCGCGAGUAGAGCGAUGGCCCGCCGAGCAGCGUGAGAUAUGCGCCCCCGCAGCCCCCGGACCGCCCCCGAUGGAGCUCAAUGACACUUCUUCUUUGACACCUGAUGCGGCGGCGGCGGCGAGCAACAGUAGCGGCGACUGGAGGGUGGCGUGUCUGCCCUCAGGGUGCCACCCCACCUGGGACCUGCUGCACGCGCACCUGCGCUGGCUGCUGCUGCUGCACGUCUACGGAUUCGGCUUCUGCUUUUUCGUCCUCUCCUUUUAUGCUUUCUUCUCAAUUCUCAAUCUCAGGUCGCUGAUCUCGUCGCGACCCUUCAUGGCAACCAUCAAUGUGUUCAUCUGCCUGCUCGGCGCCUCCAGAGCCGCCUCCCUGUUCAUCGAUCCCUACAGCUUGGCGCACUCAUUGCCAAAAGCUAUCGGCUCAAUUUUGUGGGACGUUGGAUUUCCGUGUGUGACUUCUGCGUUCUGCCUCAUUCAACUCGCUUUUCUACAGCUGACUCAGCUCAAGUUUGGACCGGAAAAGCUACGUCACAAGUCGUGUCUGUCGUGCAUCAUCACAAGUCAUUUCUGUGUCAUCAUCGGCGCAGACAUCGCCGUCGCUUUCAGCGAGCAAUUCCUGGUUGCCAAAUACUUUAUGCAAGCUGUGUACGUGAUCUGGAGUAUCUACCUGUGCUCCACCUUCCUGUACGUGGGGCACCGCGUGCAAAAACUGGUCCGAUCUGUGCCAAGUGGUCUUUUGGCCUGCGGACCUCUCGAUGCCAAUUACAAAGGAAUCAUGCAGCUGGCGAUGCUUGCGCCUUACAAUAAUUUGGCUACGUCGGUGGCCGCAGCUCUCGUGCCAACCCUCCUUGCGCCCCGAAUUCGAAUCUCCGACGAACAGGAGCACAGCAGCCCUAGCGGAGGACAAAGUGGCCAAACGUCAACUUCGCUCAGCUCGGCCCCCACAGGCACGUCGGAGGCAGUUUCAAACUCUCGGCCCGGCUGCAGUUGGAUGGGUGGCGAGACGGGAAACGCGUCGUCGUGGCACAAGGAGGCGCCUGGCGACGAAAAGUCCCAGCAGAACGAGUCACUGCUGGGUCAGGGGUCAAACAUGGGCCCCAAGCCGGACUACACGCUGCACACUGUGUUGCGGCACAUUGCGCUCGUCUCGCACUCGGCGGCGGCCAGUGACGCUGGCAAAAACAGAAAACUCCAAGUCGAACAGGUGCUGAAAGUGACGAGCGCCACGGCGGUGAUGGGGUUAAUGUUGUGCGUGGCCGAGUUUCUGCGCGUGUUGGCCAACCUGUGGAAGUUGCUGUUCGAGAUGCCGACGACGGUGACGAGCGUCGCCUCGUUGUUGGCGCCGCUCGAGCCCACCUCCAUCUGGUCCUGGUUUUUCUUCCACUCGACCUGUCGCGCCCUCGAACUGGUCAUGGCGUGCGCCAUGGCCGGCGUGACCAAGCAACCGGUGGUGCGGCCGCCGCAACCCUUUUCGCCCGUCGCCAACUUCCGCAACGCCAGACCGUCGCUCUACAUGUAAUUGUCUUGCGGUCAAAAUUUUAUCCGCUUUUAUAAAAAUUAAAUUAUGAAAGGUAUUUUGAUUUGAAAAAUUUAAAUUUAAGAUUCCAAUUUUCGAAACAAAAGUUUUUCCACAUUAUAAAAUAAAAAUCGUAUAUUUCAAUUUCAUUUUUGUUCAAAAAUUUCAAGCAGGACCCUAUUAAAUUCAAAUGUAAGUUCUUAGCAUGAAAUGCCUCGUAAUACUUCAUUUUUUGAUAAAAGAUAAGCUGAUUUAUAAACUGAUUAUUUAGUUAUUUAAAUUAUUUAUAAAAAUACAUUAAUUUAGGGAUGAUUUAAAAAUUGGAUUUUUCAUUAGCUUAUAUAUUAGAGUGACUUUUAUCAAAUGAAGUAUUGAACGUGAAGUCCAGCUUGAGGAUUUAAAAGAAUGUGAAAUUUUGUUAAUAAUUAUUUAAAAUUUCCGUCCGUUGAAAUCCUCUAAUUCUUUGGUGACUUUGGUCAUUAAUAAAAAGACGAAUUAUAACGAAUACAUCAACUAGGGAGAAGAAAAAGACAGGCAAAUGCAUAUAUAUUAAAUAUUAUAUAAAAUAUCUGUGUACGUACAACUGAGUUAGAGCGCAUGUUUACUUAAAAAAUAUAUUAAAGUAUUUACAGGAUUUUAACUGUUGUGUCUCCUGUACUUCGGAGUACUAACAAGCAAACAUAUUUACACUAAACUGAAUGUGAUUAAGCGACUAAUCUAAUACUAAACGUGAGAUUAUUGCGUGAAUAUUAUAAUAGAUGGAUUGUAUUUUUUAUAUAUAAAAUAAAUCGUGGCGUAGACGGUAUUUGUAGUAAAUUUUCGGAAUUUAGUCGGACACUUUAUUUCCAAAUGUGUUCGAUAAAUAAAUUUUAACAUGAAAUUUUUACUUGAAUGAAGGCCUAAUUUAACUUACUAUAAGGAGAUUUAAAGCAAAAACGGCCUGAAACUUUGAAAAAGACAUUUUCGUUUUUGUUUUUCAUUUGGUUGGAAAAGGUUGUACCAUUGUUGCGAUGUUAUAUACGCGUUAACCAAACUACAAAAACAAAUGUCAGUGCAUGCGGUUUAGGUAACCAGAGGUGUCAUGUAAUAUGUCCUGAAAUUAUAUAAAACACACGUUAUAUAUUUAUCAAUAAUAAAAUCUGGAUUUUAAAUGGGA